AUGUACGUUUACUACGUUUCAGAAAGUGGCAGGCUAUCAGAUAAAUUGACUCAUCGAAUUCAGGAAUUAGAAGAGCAGUUGUUGAAAGCUGAAGCUCGUUUGAGCGAAGUCCAAAACCACCGGCCUAAUGCUUAUAAUUUUUCCAGUCAUGCUCCUUGUUCCAGUAGUGAUAGAAUUGAUACAUUGAAAUGCGAAGUUAUUCAUAUAGCUGUUGUAUGUGCUGGAUACAAUUCUACUCGUUCCUUUGUAACUCUAGUGAAAUCUUUACUGUUCUACCGAAAAAAUCCUCUGCAUUUUCAUAUUGUUACCGAUCACGUUGCUAAUGUAGUUUUAAAUACGUUAUUUAAAACAUGGAACGUGCCUCAGCUGGAAAUAACGCUAUAUUCAGCUGAUCAAGUUACCAGUGAUGUGGCAUGGAUACCAAACAAACAUUACUCUGGAAUUUACGGUUUACUCAAAUUAACAUUGGUCAAGGUAUUGCCCAAAGACUUGGCUAAAGUUAUAGUCCUCGAUACGGAUGUAACUUUUGCUACAGAUAUCGCAGAAUUAUGGACACUUUUUCAUAAAUUUAACUCGCAACAAGCUCUUGGUUUAGUAGAAAAUCAGAGCAAUUGGUAUUUGGGCAAAAUCUGGCGUAAACACAGACCUUGGCCUGCGUUGGGAAGAGGAUUCAACUCUGGUGUCAUGUUACUAAAUUUGAUCAAACUACGUGCCAUAGGAUGGGAUGAAUUAUGGCGCUCUGUCGCUGAAAAAGAUCUCAUCACCCAUUUUGCUACCAGUUUAGCCGAUCAAGACAUCUUCAACGCUAUUAUCAAGGAACAUCCUGAUAUGGUCAUGAGUCUUCCUUGUUUGUGGAACGUUCAACUGAGUGAUAAUACUCGUAGUGAAUCUUGCUACUCAGAGGAGGCAGAUUUGAAAGUCAUUCAUUGGAAUUCUCCUAAAAAAUUGAAGGUUAAGAAUAAGCAUAUCGAGUUCUUUCGCAAUUUGUACCUGACUUUUUUGGAAUACGAUGGAAAUCUGCUUAGAAGAGAAUUAUUUGGCUGUAAUACUACGAUUUCUUCUGUACUGAAUAGAAACAUAACCGAGCUUACCGAAGAUGAUCCCUGUUAUGAAUUUAAGAAAAUUCGUGUCAUGAACUUUCGAACGCAUUUAUAUUUUCUUGAUUACAAAUACGUUUCAACACCGGAUGAUGUCACUUUAGUUGCUCAAUUAUCCAUGGAUAGAUUGCAAAUGCUGGAAAUGUUAUGCCAAUAUUGGGAAGGUCCUAUCAGCUUAGCUUUGUAUAUUUCUGACGCGGAAGCUCAACAACUUCUCAGUUAUAUUUCGGAUUCAGAUGCUUUAAAAGCUAGGACAAAUAUUGGAUAUCAUGUUGUAUAUAAGGAAGGAAUUGCUUAUCCAAUUAAUAAAUUGAGGAACAUAGCUUUAGAGCAAGUGAACACUCCUUACGUUUUUCUAUCAGAUAUCGAUUUCUUACCUAUGCCUGGAUUGUAUUCUAAUUUGAAAAAACUCGUAUCAAAUUUCGAAUUGAACAUUACAAAUAAGGCUUUAGUUAUUCCUGCUUUUGAAACUCAACGUUAUCGAACAUCAAUUCCCCAAACAAAAGUAGAAAUAUUGAACAUGCUAGACAUGGGUACUUUAUUUACGUUCCGAUACCAUGUUUGGCAAAAAGGUCAUGCUCCCACAAAUUAUGCCAAGUGGAAGCAAUCUACAACACCUUACAAAGUAGCUUGGCAACCUGAUUAUGAGCCUUACAUUGUGGUGAAAAAAAAUAUACCAUUAUACGACACCAGAUUCGUUGGAUUUGGAUGGAAUAAAGUUUCCCACAUCAUGGAGCUGUUUGCUCAAGGAUACUCAUUUUAUGUUCUUCCGAAUGCCUUUAUAAUACAUAUGCCGCAUUCUCCUAGCUUUGACAUUGGUAAAUUCAGAGGAUCUGCUCCAUACAGAAGGUGUUUGAAAAUUUUGAAAAAUGAAUUCAUCAGAGAACUCAGGAAGCGAUAUGUUUCGAAGCAGUAUAGUUUACGUAGCGUGUAAUCAAAAUCUUAAGACGUUAUAUGUUUAUUAUAUGAUUUUUUAAUAUUUAAUUUUUUACCAUUUCUGUAAUAAUGUUUUAACAAUUAUACUCAUUUCCAGAGUUUCA